GCAACACUGGGCAGAGAAAAGAAAAUGAAACCUAAAACGUCAGCCCUUACAGUAUGUCCCAAGUCCUUAACAAGUAGUCUGGCGUUAGUGCUUUCAGCAGAUUAGUCGUAUAGUUUCUCGGGUCAGGGUUAGUUACAGGUUAGAUGUACAAUAUUUUUCUGUUUUCAUUUUAAACACGCAGGUAAUAAAUUGUGGAGUCGAGGAACUGAAGAACGCACACUGUCAGAGGAGAAACAUGUCUGCUGCAAGAAAGGACCUCCAGGAGGCCUUGUGCUGCUACACCGCAGACACCCUCAUCGACAUCGACACAGUAAAAGAAUUCUGUCAGAAGAGUUCUAAAUGGAUACUAAAGAGGGAGAAAGAGUUGGAUAUGAUGAUUGACCUCAGCAUCGGCCAUGUUACCAAGUCACAGACCAGAGGUAAAGCCUUUCUGGAAUAUAUGAAGAGCAUGGUAACCCAGGGUACUGCAGACGGCAGGCGAGCAGAGCUGGAGGAGGAGCUGGCUGCUCUGUUGAAGUCCACUCUGGAAGGCCUGGGGGAGCUCGACUGCUUCUUGGAUGCGGUGGAGAAUCUGGCGGUCACCUCACUUCCUUUGUUCAUGGAAGAGAACCAGGUGUUACAUCUGCCUGAAGGGAUCAGCCCUGUAACGGUUCAGCUUGUCAUCAUUGCUGCACGGAAGAUCUGCCCUCACCUCCUCGAGUUUAAAAGAGAUGCAGACGCCUUCUUCCGCCCCAAACUUCAGAAUGUGGAAGUGCUGGCAUAUCAGCUGGACAAAUACAUAAGGACCACUCAGCAAAUCUGUGAGGAGUUAGAGAAAAGCUCCUUCUGUGACUUUUGCCUGAAGAUGAACGACGAUACUCUGGUAGACCUCGCUGUGGAUUUGUCUGAAGAUGACACACAAAGGAUGCUUCAUCACAUUAAUCAGCUCGAUGAACUCAGGAUGAACCAGAGCUUCCGAGUGGUGUUCUUGUAUCAGGACGAACCCUGCUCUGGCUUCAUCGAUGAGUUUAAAGAGCGACAGCCGAGGAUGGAACAGUCUCUAAAGGACCUGGAGGAGCAUGCUGUUCAGUUAGACCAGAUGAAUAAGGGAGCAAAGAUCUCCAGUGUGGCAGGCAGCUCAGUGGGGGCAGUAGGAGGUGUGCUCUCCAUCGUUGGUUUGGCUUUAAUUCCUGUAACAGCUGGAGUGUCUUUGGCUCUGACAAUGACCGGGGUAGGCAUGGGAAUUACAAGCGGAGUCAACAGCGCUGUCACCACUGGCACAGAGUUUGGAGUAAACUGUACCUAUCAAAGGAAAGCCAAAGAAGUGUUUGAGAGCUUCAUGGAGGAUAUGCAGUGUCUCCAGGAUUGUCUGGAGGAGGUCACCAAAAAAGGAACAAGCGGGAAACAUAUUGCUCUCGGCAAGUUGGUAUGUAGAGCUGGCACUAUUGCAAAAAGUAUUGAUUCAUUAGUUGAUGCAGCCAAAGGGCCUCUUGCCCUCUCCAAGUCAGCCAGGGCCAGUUUCAUUGGGCUCAAUGCUCUGUUCCUCGGCAUGGAUAUCUUCUUCAUCUGUAAAGAUAGCAUCAGUCUGGCCAAAGGAAGCGAGACUGAAUUUUCUAAGUUUAUCAGAGCCAGAGCAGCACUUUGGAGAUCAGAGGUGGAUUCAAUGCAGAUGAUCCAUGACUCCCUCUGUGAAGGUUUGCAGACAUCAAAAGAAAACAAAGCUAUCCUGGAGAUGUCAUUUUAUCCAGAAAGGAAGAUGAAGAGACACAGAAAAAACAAAAUGGAAGAUUUGUUUCCCAUUUUGGAAGAAAAAUAAAAACAGCUUUGUUUAAUACAGUAGUGAACACCAAACAAAGACACCUACUGAAUUUGAGUUUUUUUUUCCAAAUCUGGAUCUGAAAUCUGUAUAAUCUAGGGCUGUCAAGUUAAUAACGCGUUAAUGCAAAAAAGAUUAACGCCACUAAUUAUUUUAACGCGA